AUGACAUUGCUAACUGCUGAAUCGUCUGUACCUGCUUUAAUCCACGGCGAAGCUUAUUCAUUCAUGACACCAGUGCAGUUCAAUCUUGCAGAAAUGCAAGCUGCAAUCGAACAAGGCAAGCAAGCAUAUAAUGAACAACGAUAUACCGACGCUAUCAGGCGAUAUACCACAGUACUUCGUACGCUGUAUGAUGACGUUCUUCCUACUAUUCACCUGAGCUGCGCCGGUGCUUACGAAAUGCAACAUCAAUACGACCUCGCAUUAUCCGAAAGCCAACAUGCGUCUAACCAUCCCGAUUCAUACUUUUCCCAAGCCAGUGCAUACUAUUUUAAGCGCGAAUAUCCAGAAGCCAUCGAUGCCUACAAACGAGGAAUUACCGCCGUCUCACCAACCACGCAUCCGCAGCAACAUAUGAUGCUGGUGCAAAAACAUCAACAAAUCGUAGACGAGUUGAACAAGCGCAAUCAGAGGUUACAGCACAUGUUGCCAUACGAAGUGCUCAGCCGUAUCUUGUCAUUACUAUGCAUCAAGGACCGGGUACGAUUGGCAAGCACAUGUCGCUUUUGGCAUAAAUUCUUAUUGCACGACUGGCCAGACAUGUGGUCACACAUCGAUGCUACGAAAGACUUGGGAAUGUCAACAAGAUUAAUCUCGGGAUGCCUCUCAAAAGCAUUGCCGGCAAAAUUACGAAGCGUUGUUCUGGAAUUUCCGGAUGGUGAUAGUCCCCGCUCUCGCCCGAGUAUAGAUCCAGACCUUAAUGAGGCCAUCGAUGAUGACAACGACGAUGACGACCGAAUGCCACCACCACCACCACCAAUGCUCUUCCCUACUACCAAUGCUGCUCAGAAUCGUCCUGCUGUCCCCUACAGCAUAUCAGGAAUGCUAGUUCCUUCUCAUCACGUGGCGGCUUCUAUCCUAAUGUAUCGUAGAGAACUCCGUAUCGAGUCAUUAGAAAUUGCUGGUUAUAGUGAAAAUCGGUUAUGCGAACUUUUAAAUUCUUGCAAACACAGCUUGAAACGACUCAAACUCACCGAUUGUAACGACCUCGCAUACGAAAAAUACGUGCUCAUCGAUGUUGCUCAAAUUUGCCCAAACUUGCAAUCCCUUACAAUAGUGGAAAGAGACCAACAAGUAUAUUCCAUAAAUGACGAUGAUCACAAUCAUACCAAUGCCGCAGCGAACCGUCCAACACCCCCAUUACCUUCUCCAACGAUCGACCAUAUUAUGCUCCCGCAACUUCCUAACCUGAGCCUGACACGACUUGACUUAUCUCUAUGGGUUCCGGAAUCUUUGCUUGUCGAUAUUUUGAAGAAAUGCCCGAAUCUAGUCUGUCUGGAAUUGAGUUUCCGAGGAAACGGGCUACUUGCUCCCGUACUAGGUGCCACCCAUACCUAUUGUGCGCAGCUACAGUCGCUCCGUUACGGCCCACGGUUCAGUACAGAAAACACCGGGUUUCAUUUCGAUCAGCAACAACAGCAACAGUACCACCCAACUACCACCAUUACUACUACUGGCAAUAGGGGAAGGAGACUCUACGAGAUUUCUGUCAACAUGUGGCACGGCAGUUCUGGCCUCAAGCCUCGACAACGUAAAGAAUUGUUUGAUCGCUUCAAUGCGUUACACCACCAUCACCGUAACACCCUACAAGUUCUGCGCUUCAUUGGAUGUAGCGGUCCUACGGACGAUUACUACGACAUAACAUUACUUGCACAACAUGGAGCACCUUAUUUACGAUCCUUGCAGCUCAAAACAUAUUCCAACGAUUCGCAACUAUUGUCCAGAGCAAUACGAGCUUGUCCUUUAUUGGAGCAAGUUGACAUCCUUUGUUCUCAUUCCAAUUUAGUCGAUGAUUGUGUCCUGGAGACGCUUGGACUGCUGACAAAAUUAAGCCGUCUUUCGAUUGAUAUACAUGCGCAAGAGCAAUGGCCAGAAACGCAGCUAACAUCUAAAGGUCUUACCCGUCUUUUCUUCAGCAACAACUCUCGACUGUCGGACCUUACGUUUCAUUUCAAUUAUGAAACAGCCAAUUCAUAUAUGAAGCAUCAAUUCGUGACUGAUUUAGCAAGGAUCAUCAGUCGAUCGUCAUUUCCUAUCCGUAAACUCGAUAUUCAAGGCAUUUGGUUGUCGCACGAUAUGCUGAUUACGUUCUUUACCCACCUACAAGUCUCGCAAAUCCGUCAGCUGGCGAUAACGCUUCACCGUGAUCGUGAUUCCACGCCCUCCUCGAGACCUGAUUCCCAUCUGCUCGAUCAAAGAGAAAUACGUGCGCUUGGGAUCAUCAAACGUCUUAACUACCUAAAGAUCAAUGAUCCUGAAAAGCUGGUUAGCUCGAACAAUUUAAAACAAAUACUGAAAAUGGCAGCCGAACAUAAUAAGCAGCCUUUUCUUCUCAUCCAUGUCGAGAAUUCUGAGGGCAAGAUGCGAUCCUUUGAAGGCUACCUUGAGCGUGCUCCUAUUACUGCUGCUACUGCUACUGCCAAUGCUGUUAUUGGUGACAAUAACAGUGGGCUACAACAACAACAGCAACCAAUCAUACGAGUACGCGGUCCCGCGCCGAAUACACCAACUGGUGGCUUUACUUUUACACAACAGCAACAACAAGCAUCCCUGUAA